CCUUCCACACGAUCACGCUGAGUUAGUACCCGCGCCUGGAAUCGGGUCGCAACCUCAGCCGCGCCUGCCGCCUGCUACUGCCUCCGGACCAUGGACCCCCGCAAAGUGAGCGAGCUUCGGGCUUUCGUGAAAAUGUGUAAGCAGGAUCCGAGCGUUCUGCACACCGAGGAAAUGCGUUUCCUGCGGGAGUGGGUGGAGAGCAUGGGGGGUAAAAUACCACCUGCCACUCAUAAAACUAAAUCAGAAGACAGUAUCAAGGAAGAAAAACCAGAUAGUAAGAAGGCAGAGGAAAACAUAAAGACAGAUGAACCAUCAAGUGAGGAGAGUGAUCUAGAAAUUGACAAUGAAGGUGUGAUUGAACCAGAUACCGAUGCCCCUCAAGAAAUGGGAGAUGAAAAUGUAGAGAUAACCGAGGAAAUGAUGGAUCAGGCAAAUGAUAAAAAAGUGGCUGCCAUUGAUGCCCUAAAUGAUGGUGAACUACAGAAAGCCAUUGACUUGUUCACAGAUGCCAUCAAACUAAAUCCUCGCUUGGCCAUUCUGUAUGCCAAGAGAGCCAGUGUCUUCAUCAAAUUACAGAAGCCAAAUGCUGCCAUUCGAGACUGUGACAGAGCUAUUGAAAUAAAUCCUGAUUCAGCUCAGCCUUAUAAGUGGCGUGGGAAAGCACAUAGACUUCUGGGCCAUUGGGAAGAAGCAGCACAUGAUCUUGCCCUUGCUUGUAAACUGGAUUAUGAUGAAGAUGCCAGUGCAAUGCUGAAAGAAGUUCAACCGAGGGCCCAGAAAAUUGCUGAACAUCGGAGAAAAUAUGAGCGAAAACGUGAAGAGUGAGAGAUCAAAGAAAGA